CGUGUGCACAUGACGGAAGGCCUCUCCUGGACUCUCAACAUCACCUGCCUAGCCAAGAAGGCCCACCAGUGCCUCCAGUUCCUGUGGAGACUGAAGAGAGCCAAACUCCCCCUUCCCAUCCUCACCACCUUCUACAGAGACGAUAAAGGGCAUCCAACCGCAAGACCCUACAGCAGAUUGUGAAAACAGCUGAAAAGAUCAUCUAUCAUCAUCAUCUAUCAUCACUAUCGACGUCUCUUACAAACAACCACUACAUCCACAAAGCCACCAGCAUUGUGGACGACCCCUCUCAUGAACUCUUCACUCUCCUGCUAUCUGACAGAAGGUAUAGGAGCAUCCGUCCAACCACCAGCAGAAUCCACAACAGUUUCUUUCCUGAGGCAAUCAGAUUACUCAACACCCUGCUGCCUCCCAGUUCUCACGUGGGCUAGUCAAACACCUAACCCAGUAUGACUAAAUACCACUGCAAAGCUGCAUCAUGUAACUUGUUUUUGCUGCCAAUAUUGCUGCUAUACUUAUUGCUGCUACACUACAAAAUAGUUUACACUUUACAGUCUAUGUUCUGUGCAUUUAUUGUCCUGUGUAUUUAUUGUUCCACAUAUUGAUCUGUGUAUUUUUGUCCUGCACUCAUCUGACACUGUGACAAGUGAUUGCAAGUGGGUCGCAGUGCUCGCAGUGAUUUAGCUAAGUAAGACGUACUCCUGGAUUAACAUUGUUUUGUUGUUCCUGGAACAAUAUUUUUAUUAACCAAUCACUGCCCUCUGAUGUCAUCAGCAAGUUCCAAGAAACCCGACCACCGCGAUCCAUUUUAAAAAUUCCCUUUAAUACGACCCUAUCCGUCAAGAGGUAAGUCCACUGGUACACCAUCACGUCUUCAUGCAACCAAAUUUAUUUAUUAUGUGAAAAUAAAACGUAACUGCAACUUAGAGCCACCUUAUGUACCAUAACGUAGAACCGGAGCAUUUUGACACGAAGUGCCAUUUUUAUUUUUAUUUUGGUAAUUAGUGUGCUACAUUACUGAACCCCGGGAGAGGGGGCCAAGAUGGCGACGGAGUAACAUUCAUGUGCUGAAACUCUGCACUUGUUGUGCAGUUGACACAUAUUAAACUAAUAAUAAUUUCUUUACUGAUCUAAGUAAGUCUUUUUUUUCGUCUUUCUUUCGUUUUUCUAACUUUUCAAAUGAGCGCGAUGGAAGAAGAUAGGCCUGUUCGAGGUGCCAUGCAUUCUUACGCGAGAAAAUCUCUGGAGGCUGCGUUCAAGGGGAAUGACACAGCGAAUACAUCUGGAUCGGAAAUUCCCCUGCCUGAAACUCCUAAACCACCUUCCAAAAAAUCGAAAAUGGUCGACAGAGUGGCGUCGGACAAUCAGACAAUCAAGUCUCCAAUUUACACCUGAUGGAAGUUUUGGAGCGAGUUGAAAAAAAAGCAGUUGGAAUUUCUGAAUCGCAUGCAAUCCCUCGAGACAACAGUGCAAGAUAAUACGAGUUCGUUAAACAGUGUGACUGAGGCGCUUGAGUUUAUGAACAAUCAAGUAGAAGAGGUGACGAUCAAGGUGAGCUCACUACAGAACAGGGUGGAAUGCACGACCUGAUUUUGCCAAGUGGUUGCUGUCCUGAGACCAAUAUAUUUUAUGAUGUUCCUGGGACAACAACUGCGCGAGCCAGUCAACGUUUAUGAUGUCAUCAAGGUGUGCCGUGCUGCUGCCGAUUCCGCCAAAGUUUAAAAAAAAAAACAAAAAAAAAACGGCAAAACCCCUCUGUCAAGCACGCAAGUUACAAGAUGUUAAGGCAUUAAUGCGUUUCCAGAAUAGGAGGCCAGCAUUCACAGUAGGAAGUGUGGGGCCAUAUAACAUCCAAGUGCAAAGUUUAAACACGUUAAUGGAGGACAGCAAGGUUUCUGACAAGGUCAUGGAUUCCAUAUGUAAUGUUCUUAGCAAGAAUCGCCCAGGUGUUGUACAUAUCAAUUGUCGGGGACUCACAAAAAUAUUGGAUGGAUCUAAAAGGGCAAAGAGCCACUAUUUUCUCAAGAAUAACAUUUUGGAAGGGGCAACAGAGGUGUUUGGCACUUAUCUUGAGGGUGGCAAUCACUGGAGCUUUUUUGGUGUGGUUGAUUUGCCACUGGAGGACUGCACACCGCUUACUGUCGAGGUGAAGGCUUACAUCGUCUCUGUGAGGAGACUGUGCAUCGGCACAUCAGAUGUUAAUGCUACAACGAUAUGUCGUCAGCUCUACGUUUUUUUCAUUUGCAGUUAAUUGUUUUGUCAGUCGCCAUUGCGUGUCAAAAUGCUGGUCCAGGUGAACUACGGCGAACAGCAGAAGUAUGUGAAGUUGGAUCGUAUUGAAGAACUUUUUGACUUUCAUCAGUUUCACCUAAAAGUCAUUGAGAGAUUUUGCUUGCCACCAGAUGCAACAGUUAUGUACAAGGAUGCAUCAGGGACUGAAGUUGAUGAAGAAAUAUUCAGUGACCUCAUUGGACAAGGCAAUGUGGUGUUGAGUGUUUUCUCCAAUGAUCAUAAGUUUUAUUGAGUUUAAAUAAGGAGCCAAUCAUUAAGCACACAAUAAGUAUGCGACAUUUGCUUUUUCAUGUUUAAAAAUAAGAUUUGUGUAGUAGUCAUCAAUUUUUGUAUUUCUAAUAUUUGCUGAUUUUUCAGACUCCUUCUCUUCUGAGAUGUCUGACUCCAGCAGUAGCUCAAGUGCAUCAACUGUCAUCUUAAAUGAAGUCCCUAACAAGAGACAAAGAACUGAGGAGGCAGCAUCAGCAUCUGCUAAACAGUUGAUUGAAGAUGUGCUAAAAUCCAAGUCUGGUGGUGAAGCAGUAAUACAGGAGUAUCAAGCAACAGAAACGCUUACAGAUGCCACAAGACGACAAAUGAUAAAUAUACUGGUGGCUCACCUGAUUGAAACACAUGGGCAACUCCCCACUAAAGCAAUCAGAUAGCAGUAUGCUUUAGGCAUAGUGAUGUUGUUUCCUUCUCUGAGAGAUCCGUAUUCCAAGAAAGGCUAUGAACACUUCUAUGAUCCAGCAAGCAACACAGGAUAUAUCGCCUGGCGUAUGAAAACGGUCCCUCGAAAGAUCCGUUGAGGAUCUUUGCCACCUGAUAGCCCUCUUGAUGUUACACCUGGAGGACCAAAAGGCCAAAGGGCUACUAAUUUUACAGGGCAACUUCAUGGGGAUGCUUGCAAAGAAGCCAUGUCUUUACUCAAUCACACCACAGACAGGUCCCAAAUUUUUCAGAAAAUGAGAGAGACCUUUGAACAUCGGCAGAAGCUUAUCAAAGAUCCGGGCUUUACCGUUCAUAUCCUCUCUACCUUCCCAAGAUUUCUGGACACAAAAGGGCUGGUGGAACAAGACUUCACUCUGCUUUUUGAUGAUGAGACUUCCUCCAGACUGCUUCAGAAGUGGGACAUGUUCUUCAAACCAAAUGUAAUAAAAGAGGCCAAGCGACUGGCUUUCAACACCAGAGUUGACACAGUUGUUGCUGUCAGCUGAAACACCUGAAGAAAGUGAUCCUGAUGAAACAAGAAUUCAUGACCAGGAAAUGGCAUCCCUUUUGUUGCUGAUUCAUCUCCUUCCACCAUCACCAGGAGGACCGAAGUGUCCAAAAAUUAGUGCAUGUGACGCUGUAAAAGACUUGUCAUCUUUCAUAAGUCAUGCUGCAGUUUGGAGGAACAUCUCAACAACACCCAGCUGCAGCAUCCGUACCUCCUUGCUGUUGGACGUCAGAAAAGCAAGAUUGAAAGCUUCUACAUCACCUUGGACAAGCAUCUGAUUCCGUGUCAGGCAAACCGCUCUCUAGGGGCAUUUGAUGAACUUUUCAAAGCACAUUUUGUGUUUAAUUUGUCUUAUCACAGAGCACUUGUCAACUUUUACACGUUCCUGCAGACAACAGUGUAUAACAUUGAUGUGGGGCAAAUGAAGGAGUCACCCAGAGUCAAAGACUUGAGAGCCAGAUUGCUUAACCAGACAGUAACCUUAUCUUAAUUGCAGCGCAUUGUAAUGUUGAGAGAUGCUGAUCUGUUUCAUUUGUAAGAAACAGCACCCUUGCAGUCAAAAGUUGAUUUCUCAUUUAAGAGGUGAACAUAGUUACUAUCCUGGAUCUAAGUUCAGCUUGAUUUGUUCUCAGCACGGUUGUAGGCAUCAGUUUGAAACAUAUGCCGGAUUUCGUAAACACCUUAAUAAUGUUCAUAGCAAUGUUCAGCAAAUUGCUCAGACUUCAACUGCUGCAUGUUCCUUAAGUGAGCCGGUUGUAAGCACAUCUCAAGCAGAUUCUUUGGAGGACCAAAUUAAUCCUCAGCACCAGUCUCCUUGUUCCAGUACUUCCUCUGGUAACAAUGAUUCCAGGCGUACUACAGAAUUGUGUGAAUCAAUUGUAGCGAAAUUACAAUCAAGUGGGAUUCCAAAUAGUUUAGUGUCAUCAAUUGUCGGAGAUUUAGAGGACCUAACAGAUGAGCUUCACUCACAAGCAAAGCAUAACAUGCUUUCAGCUUUACCUACAAGUGACCCGUACAAAUCUGUAAUAGAUGAAUCUUUUAAAAAAAUUGAAAAUACAUUCACAAAUCUGAAUACAGAAUGGAAAAGAAAUAAAUACUUCAAAGAAAAAUGGGGAGUUGUUGAGCCAGUUGAGAUUACACUUGGAGUGAGAUAUGACAGCAGACUGAAUCAGAAAUCUGGUAAUUACGACCAACUACCAGUGAAAGAUACUUUUAUAUAUGUUCCGAUUUUAGAAACGUUGAAAUUCAUGUGCAGAAAUUCAGACAUUUGUGAUCUCCUAAGGGAAGACUGUAGAUCAGAGCCUGACACUUUUUCAGAUUUUAAUGAUGGUACUUAUUUUAAAACCCACCCUUUGUUUACAACAAAGAAACAUGCUUUACAAAUUCAAAUAUAUUAUGAUGAUUUUGAAACGGCCAAUCCCCUUGGCUCCAAACAUUGCAUUCACAAAAUUGGCUGUCUUUAUUUUAUUGUAAGAAACUUGCCCCCAAAAUUUAAUUCUGUUCUAAUGAACAUUAAUUUGUUGUCACUCUUUCACACACAAGAUAUAAGUAAGUAUGGCUUUGAUAUUAUACUGGAACCAUUGAUAAAUGAUAUAAAAGUACUGGAAAGCCAAGGAUUAAGUCUUCCAUUUUCAGAUGAGCAGAUAUAUGGCACAAUUGCACAGAUAACUGGAGAUAAUCUAGGGAUGCACUCAAUACUGGGGUUUAUUGAGUCAUUUAGUAGCCAUCAUUUCUGUCGACUUUGUUUAAUUGAUAAAAAUGAUUCUCAAACAGUGUACAGUGAAGACGAUCCUAAAGUGAUCCUUCGUGGAAAAGAAAUUUAUGAAAUGCAUUGUCAGUCUCUCCAAGAAAACCCACAGUUGAGGUCACUGAAUGGUUUGAAAAAAAAAAUCUACACUAAACACAUUGAAGUAUUUUCAUGUUUGCUAUAACUACUCAUUUGAUAUAAUGCAUGAUCUUCUUGAAGGUGUGGCUCAGUAUGAAAUGAAAUUACUUUUUGGAUAUCUCACACAAAACUUAAUUUCGGAAGAGGAUUUACUUUCAAGGAUUUAUUCCUUUGAUUAUGGGUUUUUGGAACGUAAAAACCGUCCCACAAAGGUUAUAUUGGAGAGUGCUUAUAAUGGAAUUGGUUUAAAUUCCAUUCAGACAUUGUGUCUUGCGAAAAACCUCCCACUUUUGUUUGGUGAUAUUGUUCCUCCAGGAAACAAACACUGGAGUUUAUUGUUGCUGUUGCUUCCAAUAAUGAACAUUGUGUUUUCACCUUGUUUAACUACAGGCAUGACAAUUUAUUUGAAGCAUUUGAUUGUGGACCACCACAAACUAUUUAAGUCCUUGUAUCCACAUAAAAAUUUGUUACCUAAGCAUCAUUUUAUGAUCCAUUACCCCUCUUCUAUAAGGAAAAUUGGCCCCUUAUUACAUAUGUGGUCUAUGAGAUUUGAGGCCAAACACAAGCUAUUUAGACUUUUUCAAAAAUUUCAAAAACAUCACAAAAUCAUUGGCUAAAAGACAUCAGAUGGUCAUUGCUUAUCACUGGGAAACCUUUACCCUCAAACAAAAUGAGUUUGGGCCAAUUAAAUCAUUUUCCCUUAGACCUGAGAAUGUGGUCAACAAUGAAAUUCUUCAAAUGUUGUUGUCAGAAGAAGUUUUUUCAACAAGUUGGGUUAAAGGUGAUGGUGUAGAAUACAGAGCUGGACUUGCUGUUUGCAGUGCAAUGGAAGAUACAAUUCCAGUUUUUUGUCAAAUAAGUGAUGUACUUUUGGUUGACAAUAACAUUUAUUUACUGUCAAACAAGCUGUUUACAGAGACAUUUGAUGAGCACUUUCAUGCUUUUAGAGUACUACGAAGUGAGGAAAAGUGUAUUUUAAAAAUGUCUAAGAUUUUAUAUUAUAAGCCAUUUGAUGUUCAAAUCUCAUACAGUGUUGCAGAUGAAGGUUUGUAUGUUAUACCUUCUUUUGUUAUGGUUUAAUGAAACUUUUAAGUGUACUGCAAGGGAGAAUUAAAAAUAAACAAG